AUGUUAUCAAUCACUUCCUCACGACAACAACAACCCAAAGGAACAGUGAGAUGUGGUAAAUUGAAUCACACUCCUGAUCUUGAAGGAUUUACAAUAGUGAACUGCUGCUCCACAUCUUCCGAUAAAUUCUACAAACAACUGUCACCCAUGCUGUUAGGCCCCUAUGAAUAUCAAAUGAAUCCCGAACAUGAUUAUGCACUCUCCGAGCACAAACAUUCCAAAAUAGAGAAGACCAUUCAAGUGUACAAUUCGGAAAAUCUUUGGCAAUUUUCAAAGGUAUGGCCAGGAGAAGAAGAGGUUGAUCGGCUCACAGGUCAAACAAGGCCUAACAAGACAUUCUUUGAUCGAAGAAUGGAGGGAUGGAAUGAUAAAAAAGCACACCGCUGGGUGAAAAAAGGUGAAAAACCCUUGUAUGCAUGGUGGAAAGGUCAAAAAUUGGACUACAUGCAAGCUCGAAGAGCCAUCUACUGCCCACUUUAUGCUGAGAAAGUCAUUCACACAGAAGGGUAUAAAAAGUUAGAGAACUUGUUGAAAAGAGGUGACAAUUUAUUAAUUUUAGGAUAUGAUGGCUAUGAUUAUCACGCUGAAGGAAUGACCUUGGACGAUUGUUUUAAUGAUGUUUCAAGACCUUUUGGCCAUGAAUUGGUAUUAUGUGGACUAUUGACUGGACAAUAUGUUUGGCAGUAA